AUGGCGACUCAGUUCGUUAUUGAUCUAGGAAUCAAGGAAGAAGAGACCUACUCCAUCUCAAACAAAUCACUGAAAUUUGACACCCCCGAUGACAUAUCACCAUAUCUUGAAGAGCUCAACAAGAUUCCUCAUUUGAAGAAAAUUGACUUUAGUGGCAACACCAUCGGCGUGGAUCCAAGUAAAUUGUUAGCAGAAGCGUUAUUGAAGCAUGCUGAAACCAUUGUUGAAGUUAAUUUUGCUGACUUCUUUACUGGAAGGUUAAAGGAUGAGAUUCCAAGAUCUCUAGGGUAUCUGCUUCCAGCGUUGCUAGAAUGUCAUAAACUCCGUGUGUUGAAUCUCAGCGAUAAUGCAUUUGGCUUGCAAACAAUUGAUCCGAUUGAGAGCUUCUUGGCCCAGGCCGUUUCUUUGGAACACCUGAUCCUAUCUAAUAAUGGUAUGGGUCCUUAUGCUGGUUCUAGAAUCGGAAAAUCAUUGUACAAGUUGAGUGUUGCCAAAUCCAAGACCCAAAACGCUCCUGACUCUUUGAAAACUUUCUACUGUGGAAGGAACAGACUGGAAAGUGGAUCGGUUAACUAUCUGGCCAUUGGUCUUAGAGCCCAUAAGAAUUUGGAGAGUGUUAGAUUGUACCAAAAUGGUAUUAGGCCCGCCGGUGUAAGCAAGUUAAUUCUUCAAGGAUUGAAAGCAAAUACCGAACUAAAAGUUUUUGAUUUGCAGGACAAUACUUUCACUUUUAAAGGUGCUAAGGCACUUAGUGUUUCCCUUCCUAGUUGGUCCUCGUUGAAGGAAAUUAAUGUAAACGACUGUUUACUGAACCCCAAAGGUUCUUUUGAAUUUGCUAAAGCUCUGAAGGAAGGGGAUGUCAGUAAAGAAUUGGAGAUUCUUAAGUUGCAAUACAAUGAACUUGAAGCCAAUUCCCUAGAAUUGUUGGUAGAGUCUAUUGACAAGUUCCCAAACCUGAAAGUUUUGGAAUUGAAUGGUAACCGUUUUGAAGAAGAUUCUGCAUUGAUCGAGAAGCUUAGCUCAAUUUUUGAAGAAAGAGGUACCGGUGAACUGGACGAGUUAGAUGAUUUGGAAGAAGUUGACAGCGAGGAAGAAGAUGAGGAGGAAGAGGAAGAAGAAACUGACAACGAAGAAGAUGAUACCGACUUGGAUCAAUUGCAGGAAAAACUUGACAGAGAAAUCGCUGGAGUGGAGAUUACCAAAGGCGAUGAAGUUGUUGAUGAAUUAGCUGAGGAAUUGAAAAAAUCGUCAAUCAACCAAUAA